AUGCUUGUGAACGGCCAGUUCCCAGGACCGCCAAUAUACGUAACCAAAGGAGACGAUGUAGUUAUCACAGUCCACAAUCGGAUGGAAACAAACAGUCCUUCGGCAAUACACUACCACGGAAUUCGUCAAUACGGAUCAGUAGCAUCUGACGGUGUACCUGGAGUCACCCAGCCACUGAUUCAACCAGGUGGUUCCUAUGUUCACAAGUUCCGUGUACAAAAUCAGUCAGGAACAUUCUUUUACCAUGCUCAUGCUGGUAUGCAGGACGACACAAUCCAAGGUCCCUUUAUAGUCUACGAUGACGAAAAUUCCUGGCCGUCUUCGCUUGGUAAACAGCUUUCUGAUGGCCCGUUCACCUACGACGACGAGCGGAUCAUCCAUCUGAGUGAAUGGUGGCGCCAGCAUCAUCAUCAGCGUGAAUCGUAUUACCUUGGUCCCACCUUUCGAUUUGAUCACAGCGCGGAGAGUAUUCUAAUAAACGGGAGGACGAUUAACAAUCCACUCCAGAUAAUGAACCCUGCAACUUGUCCAGGCUACACAGCCCUCAACGUAGAGCCCAACAAGACCUAUCGUUUCCGCAUCAUUGGUGGAAACUCCUUCCGUACCCUUGCACUCGCCAUUAAAGACCACCCGAUGACAAUUAUCGAGGUCGACGGCGAAAAGGUCGUUCCCUACGAGACAUCUUUCCUCGAGAUUACUCCCGGCCAAAGGUUCUCAGUAUUGGUUCAUACUGCCAAUGCAGAACCAGGAUCGGCCUUUGCAAUCGCAACAAACUACAGGUACCGCCAUCGCGGUAAAGGUUAUACUGAGAACGGCUUUGGAUACAUGCGCUACGUUGCUCCCGGGCCGGGAGGAAAGAGGCCUCCAAGGGACUUUACAUACGCAAAGGACUUCCCUGUCUUUCCAGAAGAGGAUGGUGUUGGCUGGAUCUGGGAUAAGCUGCAACCACUCCAAGGCCGGGAUCAAAUUCUGGAUGAACAGCCGGAUCGUACCAUUAAGUUGAGAGCAUCGAUAAUGAAACAUGGUGACAAUACAACUCGCUAUUACAUGAAUGGAAGACCUCCUAUCGAACACGCCUUACCACUCUACAACUCUCUGACAAGAGGUCUCCGUAAGACGCCCAGACUUGAAGAACUAGAAGAAGACGGCUACAGUGCAGAACUCAAGACCUAUCCGCUUUUCUACCAAGAAACAAUCGAUGUAGUGCUUCAAAAUGCGAUGGGCGGUAUUGAUUGCCUACUUCACCCAUGGCACACCCAUGGACAUUCCCACCAUUUGAUUGCCUCUGGAGUAGGAGAAUACAACCAUGAAGAACACAAGGACAUUCGUAACUUUGCUACACCUCUAUACAAAGACGUGUCUGUCGUCUACCCCUCCGAACCCGAUCCAGUAACACGUGGAUGCGGUUGGACUAAAAUCAGAAUCAAAGCUGAUAACCCUGGUUACUGGGCCAUUCAUUGUCACAUCACUGCACAUAUGCUGCAAGGCAAAAUGGCUGUAUUUGAAGAAUCACCAGAUUUAAUCGAAGCUUUUAGCGUAUACUAA